CAAAUGCGACAGUCAUCGGACUAGGUGGGAAAGGAUGGUGAAAGUCUCGUUAUCGAUAAGUGGUAAGCGAAGAGAGUCGUGAUUCGUUCCGCCGGCUCAGUGAUCGGAAUGCGUUCCGAUGUCUCAUUGCCGACCUCGGGACAUGUGGUGACGAGCACGCAGCUUGACUCAUCUCGAUCUCAACAAACAGGUGAGCUUGCCUGUGACUCAGGUUGAAUCUUCAUCUAUAUAUGUUGACGAGUGGCAUUCACAAUUCCUCGAGCAAAACACGUCCACCAAUCCCACAAUGCGUCUCCCCUACGUUCCCGACCCGCCGAACUUCACGUCCGAAGAAGACAAAGCCGUCGAACAGCGCGUCAGACAACGGCGAGGCGAGAAAGGGCUCAUAGCUCUAGACCGAACUUUGCUUCAUGCUCCCCCGGUCGCAGAUGGAUGGAACUCGUUCCUAGGCUCCAUCCGCACAAAAACCAGUCUCCCCACCUCCAUCCGCGAAACAGCCAUCUGCCGCGUUGCCGUACUGAAUAAAGCAUGGUACGAGUGGGAGUCUCACUCGCCGAUCCUAGAAUCGGGUGAAGAUGUAUCCAAAGACCAAGUACUCGCCGUCCUAAACUCUAAACCGCGGGAACCACUGGAUGCCUUGGGCGAGAAGCUGGGCGCGGUACUGGCUUACACGGACGCCAUGACAUUAGACGUUCGUGUGCCUGAUGCGGUGUUUGAGAAGUUGAAGCAAGUGGGGUUCAGUGAGAAGGAGAUUGUGGAGAUUACGGCGACGGUCGCGGCGUACAACUGCGUAAGCCGAUUCUUGGUAGCGUUGGAUGUGGGGGAGAGGAAUGCGCAGACGGGGCCGAAGGAGGGAGGGAAGGAGUAGUAUGUAUGUAUGGACU